AUGCGUGUCGCAAUAAUUGUUCUGUUUGUAUUAGUCUGUCGAAUAGAUGGACAUGGUCAACAUGAUGCACCCGGUAGUCCACCUCAAGGUGGACCAGGACACGUUCCACGAAAAAUGGAAGAAUAUGUGCACGAUAUGGAUCAUAUUCGACACGAUCUCGAAGGACAAAUCAAUAAACCGAAAGACCAAAUGACACCGGAGGAGCAAAAUUUCUAUUAUUUUAAACUACACGAUACGAAUAAUGAUAAUCGUCUCGAUGGUUUAGAAAUUGUUGCUGCUUUUAAUCAUGUACACCAAGAAGAUAACGACAAUAAUAACAAUACUGCGACAACUGCUCAAACGCCAGAACAUCACGAACGACUCGCUGAUGAAGAACUCAUCAGACUUGUAGAUGAUAUACUCAAGGAAGAAGAUCGCGAUCGUGAUGGAUACAUCAGUUAUGAGGAAUUCAAACGGGCUAUCGAAGGCCACGCGAAAUAA